AUGGCAGCUAAAAAAGAUUUUAAGUCCGAGCAAGAGACUAAUACUGUUUCUCCAGAAAUAAAAAACAUUAUCGAAAGCAUUACCAAAGAAUACGGCGAGGGUAUUAUUACGACCUUGGGAGAAAGUAGAUUAAAGGAACAAAAAAUCUUGUCUACGGGUAGUCUGCUGCUUGACCAAGCCAUUGGCACUGGUGGCUAUGUUUGUGGCAAAAUAGUAGAAAUAUUUGGUUUAGAAUCAAGCGGCAAAAGCACUCUGGCUCUUCACGCGGUCAGCGAACGUCAAAAAACCGGCAAAAAAGCCGCUUAUAUUGAUUUAGAAAAUGGACUAGAUAUUAAAUAUGUGCGGAAUAUCGGCGUAAAAAGUGAAGAUUUAAUCAUUGCUUAUCCAGGUAGUGGCGAGGAAGCAUUUGAGAUAAUGAGUAAAUUAAUUAAGGAAGGCAUCGACCUUAUUGUAGUGGAUUCAGUUUCCAAUUUAAUCCCCCGCUCCCAACUGGAAGCCAAUUUAGAAAAACACAAAAUUGGUUCGCACGCCUUAUUAAUGUCAACCGGACUACGGCGCUUGAAAAACGAAUUAACUAACAAAGAGACAAUUAUCAUUUUUAUUAAUCAAAUUCGAAAUAAAAUCUCCACCAGUUAUUACGCGGGCAAUCCGGAGACAACCACUGGGGGAAUGGCUCUAAACUUUGACGCUGACUUACGAAUUAAAUUGAAAAAAAAAGACAAAAUUGAAAAAAAUAAUGAAUUAAUUGGGAUUGAGGUGGAAGCCCGCAUAGUGAAAAAUAAGUUAGCCGCUCCCGGCAAAACAGCUAAUUUAGAAAUAAUUUUCUCCCGCGGCAUUCAAAAAGAGCGGGAAAUAAUUGAUUUAGCCACUGAACUAAAUACCCUUCAAAAAAGUGGUAAUUGA